AUGGCCACAGCUUCCCCACGUAGUUCCAGCAGAACCGAGACCGAGAGCAUCCCUUCCAGAAAGAGCUCCGCGCGCGCAGCGAAGCCCGAGCUGAGAUACUGGGGCAAAGACGCUUUUUGCUUCAUGUGCAGGGAUGAAGCGGACGAUUACACCUUCCUCAUCCCGGACGACGACGAUAAUGUACGUAGGAACCGCCUCCUCCGCGACCGCGGCCUGCUGAACUUCCACCUGCACCGCAAAUCCAACGCCAUCCCGCUCUGCCCAAACUGCAAAAGCCGCUACGGCAACACCCUCGAUCCCGGCUUAACCUUCUACCCAGGCGACCUAUCCUUCUUCAUCCGCUUCGAACUGCACGAUCGAGUUCGUCGAGCGAAAGCGAAAGCGAAAGCCAGCUGCCUCGACACUGGGAAAUGUCCUCGAAUCGUCCCGACUGCCCGGCAGUACGCUACCUGCACUAAUAAGCCCGUCGGCUUGUAUACUCGGGUCUUCCUGAAAAGCUGGGUUGGAACCGCACUUGUUCCAAAGGACCCGGGAGUUCUAGCACCGGUGCCAUGGCGCGGUGCGCCUGUUGCUGCGAUUCUCCGCGCGAUUCGGAUCACGGAUUGUCCACGGUCCACCUUGAGGAUCCUGCGGGAUUUGUAUUUUCGAGAUGAUGAUAAUAUGGUAACUGAGGUUGGUGCUGAGUAUCGCGCUGAUGGGGUGGAUGAGGAGUUUGGUCUUGCGGGAGUUGGUCUCGAUGAGGUGGGGUUGGAGGGGGAUGCAGAGGAUGGAUUGAGAUGGACUGAUGACAGCAACAGCAUUGAGAAGGGGGAUGACGACGAAAAAGACGAGGGAGACGAGAUGCCGGAGUUAGUCUUUUUUGACAGGGUAAUUUGA